AUGUUGACAUACAAGUACAUUGCAAGUGUGUUACUACUACUACUGUUGUUAAGCUUGGCUGCCACUCAUACGCAUGCUGGUCAUGUGCUUGAUGUGUUGGCACGCCCUCGCAACAACAAUGCCGACCCCACCCAACUGGUCUACGACCUUAUCAACAGGACUAUCGGACCAGGCUUCCAAAACGACUUCUUGCUCCAGAUUGACGACAAUCUAGGCAAGGAGUACUUCUCUGUUAACUACACCAAAUCCUCGUCCUCAGUCAUCGUGGUGCUCACGGCCGACAGCGCCGUCAACCUGGCCCAGGCAUUCAACUACUACCUCAAAUACACUGGCCUCUGCUCUAUAACAUGGACCGGCGACCAGUGCUCACUCGUGCCCAACGCUCUACCCAAGCCCGAGCCCGCACUUAUCUUCAUGGCUAGCAAGCUGCGCUACUAUCUCAACGUCUGCACCUAUGGCUACAGCACCGUGUGGUGGGACUGGGCUCGCUGGGAGCGCGAGAUCGACUGGAUGGCAUUGAACGGCUACAAUCUGCCGCUGGCCUUUGUUGGCCAGGAGUACGUGUGGUCCAAGGUAUUCCUGCAGAUGGGUCUGAGCCAGGCCAAUAUCAACGAAUGGUUCACUGGCUCGGCUUUUCUACCCUGGAGCCGCAUGGGCAACCUCAAUGGCUGGGCUGGCAACCUGACAACUGAAUGGAUCGACGGUCAGAUGUCACUACAACAGCAGAUCCUGCAGAGGAUGAGAGAGUAUGGUAUGUUCCCCGUGCUGCCCGGCUUUGCUGGCCAUGUGCCACCUGGCCUCUCGGCUCUCUACCCCACGGCCAGCAUCACGGUUCUGGACGAAUGGUGCAACUUCCCCGGCACAUUCUUCCUCGAUCCAGUCGACCCGCUCUUUGCCAAGAUCUCGCAGACCUUCCUGCAAAUCCAGAACGAGACAUAUGGCACCGAUCACUUUUACAACUUUGAUCCGUUCAACGAGCUGACACCACCCAGCAGCGACACGUCCUACUUGCACAACGCGUCCAGUCUCAUGUUUGACGCGAUCAAGGCCGUCGACGCCGAUGCCAUAUGGGUUCUGCAGGGAUGGUUCCUCGUCAACGAGGACUGGUGGUGGAAGCCCGCCCAGACCCAGGCAUUCCUCUCGGGUGUGCCCGUCGGCAGCCUGCUCGUGCUUGAUCUGUGGGCGGAGGUGCGCCCUGCCUGGAACCUCACCGAUCAGUUCUACGGCCACUACUGGAUCUGGUGCAUGUUGCAUAACUUUGGCGGCCGUCCAGGUAUGUAUGGCGAGCUGCCAACGAUUGCUACCGCGCCAAUCGCUGCCCGCGAGGUGGCGCCCAAGAUGAUUGGCACCGGUUUGACACCCGAGGCCAUUGAGCAGAAUGUGAUCAUGUACGACCUGAUGAGCGAGAUGGCUUGGCGACAGACCGCACCAGACCUCACACAGUGGGUCAACGAUUACAUCACUCGUCGCUACGGUGUGGCCAUCCCCGCUCUGCAGACCCAAUGGAACGUCCUGGCGCGUACUGUAUACAACGCCAGCGGCAUCGUGCAGCAGGUGCCACUCAGUCUGGUCACCCAGCGCCCAGCGCUCAACUUCACCAACGACAACUACUACGACCCUCAGAUUGUGAUUGGCGCGUGGAUAGCACUUCUGCAGGUCACCGACAAGGACGUGCUCAACAGCCAGACCUACCAGUUCGACCUGGUCGAGCUGACCCAGCAGGCUCUCAGCAACUACUUCCUCCAGUCAGAGCUGCUAUUGAACUCGGCCUACUACCAGAAGGACACCAAGUCAUUUGACAAACUCACAAUCGACCUGCGCAACGCCAUCAAGAGCAUGGACGAGAUAUCAAUGACACAGGAGUUGUUGCUGCUCGGACACUGGACCAGCGACGCAAGAUCGUGGGCAGCCGACGUACACAACCCCGCCGACACUGCACCCUACGAGUUCAACGCCAGGAACCAGGUGACGUUGUGGGGACCCAAUGGAGGCACGUGGAACCAUGACUACGCGUGCAAGUGGUGGAACGGUUUGAUUGGCGAGUUCUACUCGAUGCGCUGGCAGUUCUUCCUUGGCAUGAUGCAGCAGUCACUCGUACAUGAUCUACCAUUCGACACAGACACCUACACCUCCAAGAUCCUUCAAUUAGAGUACCAAUGGAACCUCCAGACCAAUGUAUAUCCCUACAUUCCCGAGGGCAAUGCCUUUGAGAUAUCCAAGACUAUCUUUGACCAGAUGUUCAAGUAA